AGAUGAUCCAAAAUAUACAAAAUAUUAUAUACAGAAUAUGUACACUAUUCGUAAUGUGUUAAUUAGGAAGAAAAUGAUGAAUGUGUUCAAAUGAAUGUGUUAAUUAGGAAUCUAUUUUUAAAGUUUAGACAAAAUUUUCUCACUUUUACGUCCAGUUUGAAUAAAUGAAACUUUAAGUGACUUAUAACUCGGUACAUCAAUAUAUUCUUCAGAAAAACAUCUCUUUUAGUUUUAAAGAAAUAGAGCUGUCAAUAUCGCUGCUCUGAUAAAAAAAUUUCACAUCAGAUUAGUGAAAUUUGACAAAAACCUUUUGUUCCACCUAGGACCUUUGUAAUCCAUGAAAGCUUUACUUUAGUUGUUUGAUGUUCUAUACAUAACUAUGAAUUCAAAAGAGUAAAGUUUCAGCCCCUUUCGUAGACCUUCUUCUCGCUUCAGCCUUGAAGGGUACACUUGUAGUGCCAUUGAUCUUGUGAAUCUUUCAUUUGGUUCGUAUUGAUCUCUAGAGACGACUGUCUAUAAACCAUAAAGAACAGUACUGAUAGUUGUGAGUUGCGUGUAUAAAACUAACUCAACUUUACUAAAUUCAGAAACGUGAAUUAUUGAAUGAAACGCAACAAGCUUAUUUGUCCAUUAUAUCCAAACAGGAUUGGCCAUCAAAUAUAGAACAAGUUUAUCUAGAUGGUAACAAUAUGAUGUUUGUUAUUGACUCACUACGUCGUUUAUGUUUAAAUCGUCAUGGAAAAAAAACAGAACAGAUAAUCGGACAAAUAGCUUCGGCAUGGAAUGAAAAAUUACAAAUUCCGCAUGUUAAUCUAAUAUACGAUUCAACAAAACAAGUCGAAACGAUUGGCACUGUCAAUAUACAAAGUGCACAACCAAAAUAUAAAACAACAGAUGAUAUGCUAGUUGAUUUAGCUAAACAGAAUCAUGGUAAAAAUGAACAUACAAUUGUAGUAACAGCUGAUCGCGCUUUAGCUGCCCAAUUAAAGAAUGAAGGUUGCCAGUUGGUUAAACCAUAUCACUGGUUUGCGCAUUGCGUUAUGCUAUUGACACCUGAUCUUAUUAAACAAGAUCCAACUGAAAGCAAUACAAGUGUAGAUACAACAACGAAAACGAGACGAUGUCACUAUAAUAAAAAAGAAAAAAUACAUUAUGAUUUUGAUGAAUUAGUUAAACGUGUGGCAAAUAUUGACAUAUAA